ACGCGCCGCGCGCGCGGUCCCUCCGCCACAAUUGGUGUCGUCUGGAAGAAGUAAAUCCGCGCCGCCGCGUCUCCGCCUUCACACUCUGAUCUCCGCCCGGUGGAAGAGCCGUUUUACCGCCAUGGACGAAGCGGAGGAGGGUGACGAGGACCGCGGACGUGAGCGGCUUUCGAGGCUCGAAAGUGGAGUCUUAGCUGACCCUUCCAGGAUCAGGUGUUUAACGCCAGGAGGGGGAGCAGCACCGAGCCAGACUUCUAACAGCGGCGGCGGCGGACCGAACGAGCUCCGUGCGUCGCGGGAGACGGACCGCGCGCCUGUCUCUCUGUGCCAGGGCGACGCGUGCGGUUUCGGCUUUGGAUUCAGUUUCACGAGCAACGACGACGACACGAGGACCUCAGCCACUAGUGUUGAUGUGGAGCAAGAAGACGGAGGCGAGGAAGAGGUGGAGGAGGAGGUGGAGGUGGAGGAGGACGUCGGCAUGAGACGCGCCGUGAACGGAGAUUGCAGGAGAGACACGAGCUCGCCUUCACUCCUCUCCAAACACGAGAAGCAGACAGGUGGCUCGGUCACACCCGAGGAGAGAAGACUGGGUAGCGCAUGUCCUUCUGCCACCAUGGACGGCACGAUAACGCCCGUCGGCUCUGGAGCUGCUGAGAUGGAGAAGAAGGAUUCACGGGUGGCGUUUUCGAGCUCGAAUCCCGCGCCGACCGCAGCUCUAUCCAAGACUGAGGACGGGCAGAUGACUACGGAGGACGGAGAAGUCAGGGACAGUCAGACCUACAUGCAACGGCAGUUCAGCUCUAUGUUACAACCCGGAGUGAAUAAAUUCUCCCUGCGCAUGUUCGGCAGCCAGAAGGCGGUGGAGAAAGAACAAGAGAGGGUCAAAUCUGCUGGGAACUGGAUCAUCCACCCGUACAGUGAUUUCAGGUUCUACUGGGACUUCACAAUGCUGAUGUUUAUGGUUGGCAACCUAAUCAUUAUUCCAGUCGGCAUCACCUUCUUCAAAGAAGAGACCACCACCCCCUGGAUUAUCUUUAACGUGGUCUCAGACACGUUCUUCCUCAUGGACCUGGUGCUCAACUUCCGCACGGGCAUUGUCUUUGAGGAAAACACAGAGAUAAUCCUGGACCCUAAAAAGAUCAAGCAAAAGUACUUGCGGACUUGGUUUGUAGUGGACUUCAUCUCAUCUAUCCCUGUGGAUUAUAUUUUUCUCAUUGUGGAGAAAGGCAUGGACUCUGAGGUUUACAAGACAGCGAGGGCAUUGCGGAUUGUGCGCUUCACCAAAAUUCUUAGUCUGUUGCGGCUUCUGAGACUUUCUAGACUUAUCCGUUACAUCCACCAGUGGGAGGAGAUCUUUCACAUGACCUAUGACCUUGCGAGUGCCGUCAUGAGGAUCAUCAACCUGAUUGGGAUGAUGCUGCUGCUGUGUCACUGGGACGGAUGCCUGCAGUUUCUGGUUCCCAUGCUGCAGGAUUUUCCCUCUGACUGCUGGGUUUCCCUCAACAAGAUGGUGAACGACUCAUGGAGCGAGCUGUACUCCUUUGCUCUUUUCAAGGCCAUGAGCCAUAUGCUGUGUAUUGGCUAUGGACGCCAGGCCCCAGAGAGCAUGUCUGAUAUCUGGCUCACUAUGCUGAGCAUGAUUGUGGGAGCCACCUGUUACGCCAUGUUCAUCGGCCAUGCCACUGCUCUCAUCCAGUCACUGGACUCAUCACGCCGCCAGUACCAGGAAAAGUACAAACAAGUGGAGCAGUACAUGUCCUUCCACAAACUUCCUGCUGAUUUCCGUCAGAAGAUACACGAUUACUACGAACACAGAUACCAAGGCAAGAUGUUUGACGAAGAGAGUAUUUUAGAGGAGCUAAAUGAGCCACUGAGAGAGGAAAUUGUCAAUUUCAACUGCCGCAAGCUGGUGGCUUCCAUGCCACUUUUCGCAAACGCUGAUCCCAACUUUGUGACAGCCAUGUUGACCAAACUCAGAUUUGAGGUCUUCCAGCCAGGAGAUUUCAUCAUUCGUGAGGGGACCAUUGGCAAGAAGAUGUAUUUCAUCCAGCAUGGGGUCGUGAGUGUCCUUACCAAAGGCAGCAUAGGCAUGAAGCUCUCUGAUGGCUCUUACUUUGGAGAGAUUUGCCUGCUGACUCGGGGAAGACGCACAGCCAACGUUCGCGCAGACACCUACUGUCGCCUGUUCUCACUCUCAGUGGACAACUUUAAUGAAGUUCUGGAGGAAUAUCCAAUGAUGAGGAGAGCCUUCGAGACCGUGGCCAUCGACAGACUAGAUCGGAUAGGCAAAAAGAACUCUCUGCUGAUGCACAAAGUUCAACAUGACCUAAACUCUGGAGUUUUCAACAACCGUGAGAACGAGCUAAUUCAGGAGAUUGUGAAGUAUGACCGGGAAAUGGUGAAACUAGUGGAUUUGCAAAGACCCAGGGCCAUGUCAGCUACUCAGUCCACCCAUGGGACCAUGUUUCCUUCUGCCAAUCAGCCUCCAACAGGCUCAGCCAUUGCCACCCUGCAGCAGGCCGUAGCCAUGAGUUUCUGUCCCCAGAUGGCCAACUCUCUGGCGGCCCACGGAGUUCUCCAGUCCCCUCGCAUGAUGCGCCGUUUCCAGGUAGUCCAAAGCCUCUCUAGCCCAGGCACCCAGCAGAUUCCUCCAGGUUCACAGUUCUCCAGCACUGUUCUGCCCUCUGCCAUCACUAGCACGCCUGUCCAGAGUCCGUUGCCUACCGGUGGUCGAACAUUCCAGUACAGCUCCAGUCCCAUGGGUGCUCCUUCAGGCUCCCAGCUCUCCCUGGUACAGCAGCACAUCUCCAGUCCCACACACCGAGCAACAGUUCCCAGGAGUGCAAUGACCCAGGAUGCCAGGGCACUCUCAGCCUCUCAACCAUCUUUGCCUCAUGAUGCCAUGCAACCAGCUGCCCCAAGCCCACCCCAGUCUACAAGAGUUUCCUCCACCUCAAUUGGACCUGGUCAUAAUCUCCCUGGGCCCACAGGCAUAAGGGUUGCCAUUCCUCCCAGGAUGACACUUCAGCACCAGAUGUCUAUGGGCGCAUUCCCACCUGCUUCCCUACCACAAAUGAGGCCAAGCCAGGACUCGGGACUGCCCAAGAAAGAUUCAGUAGUCAGCCUUCCAGAGACAGAACAUCAUGUUAGAUCCAGAUUAUCUUCCAAUUUGUGACCUUGAUGGAGCUGGGUGUGUAGGUGUCUCUUCCUUCAGCAAGUACAUUUCUCAACCCUUUCUCAUGCCCUGGAUCUUACCUUAAGAAUGUACAUGGUUCAAAUUGUGACACAGGGGUGGGGAGGGGACUUGAACUGCCAGACUUGACAGGACACUAUUAACCAUACACAUUCUGUAAAAACUGAAGAUUUAAAUAUCGGAGAUGUUUUGUUGUACCCACCAACAUAAAUAUCAAUGUAGCUCCUUCCCCACACACUUUGCCUCUUAAUAACUGCUUACUUUUGAUGUGGUUGUAUACAAACAUUGCAAGAAACUGUUCCCUACUGUACACGGUAGUUCAAAUAAUACAGUGUAGAGUGGAAUGCAAUGUGGGGAAAGGUAACGUGUCUCUGAUUACUAUGUAACUCCUUACUAAGUGUUUUUGUAAGUCUCCUCCAACCUACUUGGAGUGGUUAGUGUUUUUAGUGUUUUUAAUUAUGAUUGAGCAAUAUUAAAAUGACUAUAGAAAAUGCAAGAAAGGUGUAUUUGACCAAAAGUGUAAUUAACAGUUGAGCAGUUUGGAAGCAUUGGUACAGAAAUGGAUUUGACCUUGUCAUUUCUGGACCAAAGUUCACAGAAUAAAAAAAUGUUGAGUGUUUAAACAACUGAAAUGAAAAGAGAGAAACAUAAUUUCAUUGCCUUGAUUUCCAUUUAGAAGCCAUAUUUUUGUCCAGGCCUGUGUGUACGUUUAAAAUAUUCAAGCAGUCAUAUGUUCAUAUUUACAGCCCAUGGCAACAUCCUACAUUAAUUUAUUAUUAAAUCUAAAAAGUGAAGAAAAAAAUUAUAAUAAAAAUAUAUAUAUGGAUGGAUUUAGUUACAAUGGAAACAAGAAAUGUAGGAUGAGAGAAACAAGAAAUGGGGAAAGACACAACAAAACUGUAAAUACAUUUUUUCCCCAUUGUUGAUGGCUUUUGCAGUACUACACCUAAGUUAGCCUCACAGUGGAAAUUAAUCAACGAUUCUGAAGAUUAGACCGAGAUAGAGAUUUCACACACCAAUGAAAAAGGAUGUAGCAGCAAACAACAUGGACAGUCACUCUGUACAACAUAGAAAGGUCUUAUGGGCUAAUAUUUACGAAACGCUCCUUAGAAUUACAGAAGGAGAAGCAAGGUAAUGUGAACCAAGCAGGAGAUAUUAGCUGCUUGUUAUUUACACACUUUAUGCAUCAAUGAGGCUUUCUGUGCUCAUGUGCUACCAAUUUUUUUGGCUUCACAAAAUAACAGACUGCGAAACUUUCCACACUAACAUCAUUAUUGAUUCAAAUGUGUUUUUCAUCACAGCACUGUUUGAAGAUUGCUGCCUGUAUUGUCCCUUGUGGCUCUUCCAUUCCUGUUGCUUUAGUAAUGUCACUGGUGAAGGCCUGUUACAUGUAAUACUCACAAUAUUUCGUGGAGGCUUCCUGUAUUAGGGUGAUGUAAGCCAGCGUUGUCUUGCUCAUGACCUAAUACAGUAUUGUUCAAAAUAAUAGCAGUACAAUGUGAGUAACCAGAAUAAUCCAGGUUUUUAGUAUAUUUUUUUAUUGCUACAUGGCAAACAAGUUACCAGUAGGUGCAGUAGAUUCUCAGAAAACAAACAAGACCCAGUAUUCAUGAUAUGCACGCUCAUAAGGCUGUGCAAUUGGGCAAUUAGUUGAAAGGGGUGUGUUCAAAAAAAUAGCAGUGUCUGCCGUUGACUGUACAAACUCAAAACUAUUUUGUACAAACGUUUUUGUUUCUAGGAUUUAGCAAUCCUGUGAAUCACUAAACUAAUAUUUUGUUGUAUGACCACAGUUUAUUAAAACUGCUUCAGAUCUGUGUGGCAUGGAGUCAAUCAACUUGUGGCACCUCUCAGCUGUUAUUCCACUCCAUGAUUCUGUAACAACAUUCCACAAUUCAUUUACAUCUCUUGGGUUUGCUUCAGAAAGAGCAUUUUUGAUAUCACCCCAGAAGUUCUCGAUUGGAUUAAGGCCCGGGGAUUGGGCUGGCCACUCCAUAACGUUAAUUUUGUUGGUUUGGAACCAAGACUUUGCUUGUUUACUAGUGUGUUUGGGGUCAUUGUCUUGUUGAAACAACCAUUUCAAGGGCAUGUCCUCUUCAGCAUAAGGCAACAUGACCUCUUCAAGUAUUUUGACUUAUGCAAACUGAUCCAUGAUCCCUGGUAUGCGAAAAAUAGGCCCAACACCAUAGUAGGAGAAACAUGCCCAUAUCAUGAUGCUUGCACCACCAUGCUUUACAGUAGACAGGUGGUGCAAGCAUCAUGACUGUCUGUGGCCCUUGGACCCAAAAAGAACAAUUGUACUUUCAUCAGUUUACAAAAUGUUCCUCCAUUUCUCUUUAUGCCAGUUGAUGUGUUCUUUGGCAAAUUUUAACCACUUCUGCACAUGCCUUUUUUUUAACAGAGGGACUUUGCAGGGGAUUCUUGAAAAUAGAUUAGCUUCACACAGACGUCUUCUAACUGUCACAGUACUUACAGGUAACUCCAGACUGUCUUUGAUCAUCCUGGAGCUGAUCAUUGGCCGAGCCUUUGCGAUUCUGGUUAUUCUUCGAUCCAUUUUGAUGGUUGUCUUCCAUUUUCUUCCAUGUCUCUCUGGUUUUGCUCUCCAUUUUAAGGCAUUGGAGAUCAUUUUAGCUGAACAGCUUAUAAUUUAUAAUUUUUGCCAGAGAGUUGGCCAUCUGGGGAUAGAAACUCAUGGCUACGGCCUGCUACAGGGUGGUAAUGGCUGAGCCUUUUGGAGUCUGAUAUAAUUUUUUGCACCUCUUUGUAGGUUUUCCCCUCUCCAAUCAACUUUUUAAUCAAAGUAGGCUGUUCUCAGGCUUUCAAGUGCUGGCUUCAUCCUUAAAUAGGGGCCACCUGAUUCACACCUGUUUUCUCACAAAAUUGAUGACCUCAGUGAUUGAAUGCCACACUGCUAUUUUUCUGAACACACCCCUUUCAACUAAUUGCCCAAUUGCACAGCCUUACGAGCGUGCAUAUCAUGAAUGCUGGGUCUUGUUUGU